AUGAUUGGCCAGAAGACCCUCUACUCCUUCUUCACCCCGAGCCCCGCCAGGAAGCGACGUGCCUGCAGCUCCGAGCCGGCCGAGCAGUGGAACGGCGUGGCGGCGGUAGCUGAGAGCGGGGAUGCGGCGGCCAGCUCCGCCAAGAAGAUCCGGGCCGGGCAGGAGGAGCCCGGCACGCCGCCCUCGUCGCCACUGAGCCCCGAGCAGUUGGUCCGUAUCCAGAGGAACAAGGCCGCCGCGCUGCUCAGACUCGCAGCGCGCAAUGUGCCUGUAGGUUUUGGUGAGAGUUGGAAGAAGCACCUCAGCGGGGAGUUCGGGAAACCAUAUUUUAUUAAGCUUAUGGGAUUUGUUGCAGAAGAAAGAAAACAUUACACUGUUUACCCACCCCCGCAGCAAGUCUUCACAUGGACCCAAAUGUGUGACAUAAGAGAUGUGAAGGUUGUCAUCCUGGGACAGGAUCCAUAUCACGGACCCAAUCAAGCUCAUGGGCUCUGCUUUAGUGUUCAAAGGCCCGUGCCACCCCCACCCAGUUUGGAAAACAUUUAUAAAGAACUGUCUACAGACAUAGAUGGUUUUGUUCAUCCUGGUCAUGGAGAUUUAUCCGGAUGGGCCAGGCAAGGUGUUCUCCUGCUCAACGCCGUCCUCACCGUCCGGGCGCAUCAGGCCAAUUCUCAUAAAGAGAGAGGUUGGGAGCAGUUCACCGAUGCUGUCGUGUCCUGGCUCAAUCAGAACUCGAACGGCCUUGUCUUCCUGCUCUGGGGCUCUUACGCUCAGAAGAAAGGCAGUGCCAUUGAUAGGAAGCGGCACCACGUGCUGCAGACCGCUCAUCCCUCGCCGUUUUCGGUGUACAGGGGGUUCUUCGGAUGCAGGCAUUUCUCUAAAACCAACGAGCUGCUGCAGAAGUCUGGCAAAGAGCCCAUCAACUGGAAGGAUCUGUGACCUUGGCCCUUGGGGGUCAGGGGUCUUUGAGUGGUUUUCUGGAAGCUGUGAUUGAAGUAUCUGUCAUUUACGAAGUCAAAGUCAAAAAACAAUUUCCCUCCUAAUUCUUCAGCACCCUGCACGAGGGCACACAUUUUCCGCGGAGCAGCAGUGAGCCAGGCAGCCUGGCAGCAGCUUUCCCCGGCCAGAAACCCCAAAAUCACCCUGGGACCUCUGGCCUGGAAUAUGCUGUCUGUGGGUCAAGGUUCUUGGAAGGGAGAUGAGGUCAAAUAGUCUGGACUGUGUUCCCCUUUGUUAUUACUUUCAUGGUCAAAGCAGGGAGAUAAGCACCUUUUUGGUACAGCCAGCUGCUACUUGUUUUUACCUGGUAGGUUAGACUUUAGGUUUUGUGGUGUUGGGUGUUUUUUAUUUGGAAAGGCCCUCUUUCUUUACCCAGCCUGGCAUUCC